AGCCAGAAUUCUUCUGCUAAUAUUUUAUAAAUUAAAUUAAAAUUAAAUUAAACACAUAAGAAUGCUUUUUUUUUUUUUUUUGUAUUUCCGGGUUCCGGUUCUGUGUCGGCGAUUUGAUGUCCAGACGGCUGGGGCUGCAGGGUGUCGCCUGUUUACCAAACGUGCUUCUAAGGAGCUAAAGUUUUUUUUUUUUGUAUGAGUUGUGGAUAACGGGAACGGAGGGGAGGGGGACGGGAAAAAGGGGGAAAAGGCCCCGGUGCAAAAAGCCCUCGGCUCAUCGGGGAAGCGGGUUUGUUGGAAUAAUGGCCGGCAAUUUUGACGCGGAGGACCGCGGCAGCUGGUACUGGGGUCGGCUGAGCAGACAGGAGGCUGUGUCCCUGCUGCAGGGGCAGCGGCACGGCGUGUUCCUGGUCCGGGACUCCAUCACCAGCCCCGGAGACUACGUGCUCUCCGUCUCCGAGAACUCCAAAGUCUCGCAUUACAUCAUUAACAGCAUCAGCAACAACCGGCAAUCCGGUCCAGGUUCGGCCCAUCCGAGGUUCCGUAUCGGCGACCAGGAGUUCGACGCCCUCCCCGCUCUGCUGGAGUUCUACAAGAUCCACUACUUGGACACCACCACUCUGAUAGAGCCCAUCAACAAGUCCAAACACACCUCGUUCAUCAGCGUGGGCCCCGGCGGGCCCCCGCCGCGCCUGGAGGACGAGUACGUCCGGGCGCUGUUCGACUUCCCCGGCAACGACGAGGAGGACCUCCCGUUCAGGAAGGGCGACGUCCUCCGGGUGCUCGAGAAGCCGGAGGAGCAGUGGUGGAACGCUCAGAACUCUGAGGGCCGGGCGGGCAUGAUCCCGGUGCCGUACGUGGAGAAGUACCGGCCGGCGUCUCCGAAUUCGGCGGCGGGGGGGAACUCUGAGGGCUCCGCGGCCCCGUCCAGCGCUCCGCUGCUGGGAGACCCGAGCCAGUACGCCCAGCCCACCCCUCUGCCGAACCUCCAGAACGGACCCGUCUAUGCCAGGGCCACACAGAAGAGGGUGCCCAACGCCUACGACAAGACCGCCCUGGCCCUGGAGGUGGGCGACCAGGUGAUGGUGACCAAAAUCAACGUGAACGGCCAGUGGGAGGGUGAAUGUAAAGGCAAGCGAGGCCACUUUCCCUUCACGCACGUCAAACUGCUGGACCAGCACAACGCGGAGGAGGAGCUCAGCUGAGGGCGGACGGGUCAGGCCGCUACCUGGACACUAGUAUUAGGACCCCCCCCCCCGACCUCCUCACUCGACCUUCACGUCUUCUGCAGGUUUUACAGUUUCAGAGAAUCACUUGAGAACAAAACAACGCACACGUCCUCCGUUUCUACCCCUCUGAAUAAUCAUGGCUGCCACCGGCUGCGUACGGCCAAAAACAAAUCCCAGCUACCAGCACCUCUAAAGCUCACUAAUUAAAACCUUCCAUCUUGUUUGUUUAAAUCCUAGUAAUAAUAAUAAUAAUAAUAAUAAUAUUUGGACUAGCAUUUAGACCAAGCUAGCUUCCCCCCUCACACUACUUUACAGGCUUUAUGCUAAGCUAAGCUAAUAUAUUCACCAUGUAAACAAGAGAAUCGCACCGACAUUCUCGUCCAACUCGGCCAGGAGCUGAAAAUGUCAGCGCUCGUUAGAAAACCGGUGUUUUCAUGUUGUUGUUGUUGUUGACGUCGUUUGUUCAGCAAAUUAAAGACGUGGGAGUCCCGAACUGUUUAAAAGAUGUGUAACAUUUACAGUCUUCAAAACGGGGUCGAACAAAGUUAAAGAUAAAGGAAAUCUCCAGAUUUUAAUAAUCAUCCCAUUUAAAAAAACGACUAUAUUCCAACGAACUCCACAAAGAGAGUCGUGGACACUGAACUCGGUCCGGAGACACUCCCCCAAAGUCAUCAUCAUCAUCAUCAUCAUCAUCAUCAUCACCACGUCUUUUGAAUUUUACAUUCGGGACGAAUAAUUUGAAUGUUUGAAGUUUUCUUUUCUUUUAAAAUCAUGCGACGUCUCCAGAUGCCUCCAUGUUUUUUCCAUUGUUUUUUAUUUCUGACGUAUCUCAUUGUUCCUACUGGACAACGAACGCAGCGUUACGAGACGAGAGGGCGGAGAAAAAGGAAAGCGAACCCGAAGGAGAGCGAACCCGAACACGAAGGAGAGCGAACCCGAACCCGAAGGAGAGCGAACCCAAGGAGAGCAAACCCGAACCCGAAGGAGAGCGAACCCGAACCCGAAGGAGA